CCGCAGCGAGGACACCUGGAGUUUUCCAGGUCCAAGGCCGAGUCCCUACGAACCUUGGAACAUGAUCCUUCCUGCCGUCAUCCCCACCCCUCCUCCUCCUCCAGCCCCCGACUCUUCUCCCUCCGGCUCCACCUCCGCCCUUCGCUGCGACCGCCCCUGGUAGCCGUCUCCAUAGCGCGCACCCGACGCGGGAAGCUGGCCCGGCGAGGGACGCGCGGAGACAGUGCGCCGGACCCCUGUCUCCUUCCGGCUUCACUGGAAUGCUCCACCAGGCUUGGAUUCAACAAGGAGAGCCACUUCUAAUAAUCCAAGUGUAAUCUAACACUAUGAAACGAUGCCAAGAGAAAAGGAAGGAAAUCGAAAAACUAAAGGAGCACCCCUGCCCAUCGUUACAACUCUUCAAAAGUUCCUGAAAACAUAUGAGAAGCAUUGUGCCCAGACUCAGACGUCCGUGUGUCCGGCCAUCAAAAGGGACUUGAAAACCAGUAUCAACAACGAGCAGAUUCUCAGCAAGUUUGUACUUGUAAGACCUGAUGAUUCCCCACCAAGCAUCCUACCAGUUUCCUUGGAACCUCUGCUCAUGACCGUGCAGGAUGAGUGUUACAUGCUGGGGAGAGAGAUCUCCAUCUGGGGCCUUCAACUGAGCAACCCAGAGGUGGCCAGACUCGCUUCGCUUCUGGAAUCGAAGGGGCGCGCCUGCCCAUUUACCACCCUCAAACUCAUGGAUUGCAGGAUGGAUGCGUGGUCUCUGGGGAGACUUGGGACAGCUCUGCAGUUCAGCAGUUUGCGUUCUCUCGUCCUCGAUUACUGCAAAUUUGGAAAUGAAGAAAUUGAGAGUAUUUUCUCAGGCCUGGAGAACAACCAGAGGCUUCGAGACCUCAGCCUGCGCUUCUGUGGCCUGGGGCCGCAGAGUGGGCCAAGGCUGGGCUCUGCCAUGUGCCAGAGUGCGGUCCGUGAGCUGCACCUGGAUGGCAAUUACCUGCAAUGUUCUGGAGCUCUGGGGCUCCUCAGGCCCAUAGCGGAGUAUGUAGACAUGCAGGGGAAGGACCAGCCAGCCACUGCCCCACCAGACACCAGGAAUCCCCCUCAGCCGUUCCAAGCCAGACAGAGAGCAAGUUCAGCUUUGAACCAGAUAAGAAAGCCAUCUGGAGCUGUAACAGUGAAAACCACUUCUGGGAAGAAAAAGAGAAAAAAAGGAAUCAAGAAAAAAAUUAAAGAUUUGACUGAAGCUGGUCCUUGGUUAGUGAAGUUGUAUUUAGCAGAUAACGGCAUAGAUGGAAAAGGAAAAGAGGAAGAAAAUAGCUUGUUGGAAUUCACUCAAAUUUUAACACGCCUGAUCAGAUACUCCACCCACUUACGAGAGCUUGACCUUGGAAACAAUGUCCUGGGAGAAGCGGCGGCUGCUGACAUACUUGAAGCACUGAGAGCCAGAAAGACAGGUAAACUGCCAGUCUUAAAAAUUACAGUCACUCCCCAGAUCUCUUCAGACACCUUCAGAUCUAUUUGGGAAAACAGCAAGAAAUCUAGUAUUACUCGUAAAAAGAAGAAAAAAAGUAUGCUGUUAGAUACCUGUGCUGGCUAAAAACUGAAUAUGGAUGCCAUAUCUCCAUAUGGAUUCUAUCUACUUCCAUGGCCAGCCAGACAUGCCUGGAAAGAUAUUCAUUGUUCUAUGAUAAUACUUUUCACUGUAACCAAGCCCCUUUCAAGUUCUAAAAUUUGAUUAAGACUAUUUUAUGAAAGUUCAAAGUACUACUAGUCCUAUCAGGCUUGUCAUUUUCUAAAAUGUGGAUUUCACAAGUAGGCCUUAGUAAAAAUCAGUGGGGUCCUUCUCUGGGGCUUCUUCUCUUGUGCAUGUGAAAUUUUUAAUUUGAAAAAAGUCAUGAUCUUUA